UUUUCUCUCUUUUCUGUCAGUUCUCCAGGAAAGACAGUCGAUGAAGUGGUGCAGUCCUUACCGAGGGCAAGAGACAGAUUGCAGAAACAUUUCCAUGAGCUUCAGGAAACUGCAGAUGAUAUUGACACGGUCCACAAAGGAGCAACAGUAGCAAACGUUGCUGGAGGGGCAGUGGGAAUUGCUGGGGGGAUAACGACCUUUGUAGGCCUCAGUCUCGCUCCUGUUACAUUUGGAGCAUCCCUGAUAGUCUCUCUUACGGGGUUUGCUGUUGCUACAGCAGGGGGAUUGACCAGUGCAGCCGCAACCACCACAGAUAUGGUGGCGAGUAAAGUCAAGAAGGAGACAGUAGAGAAGCUCUUACUGGAGUGUCAGGCCGAGCUGGGAAAUAUCAAAAAGGAUACAGAGAUCAUCUGUGAACAUAUACAAUGCUUGGAAAGUUAUGGAAACAGUGAUUUUAUGUUUCCAUUCGCACAGAUAGGGGCAGGGGCAGGACGAGCCGCUCUUAACAUCCCGAAAAUGGUCAAAGCUGGUCAGCUCCUGGCUAAUGCUGGUAAAGUUGCAAGAUUUGCUGGAGCUGCUACCCACAUUCUAACAGCUGUCCCCCUGGGGUUAGAUGUUUUCUUUGUAGCAAAGGAUUCUGUGAAACUCCACAAUGGCACAAAAACGGAGCUGGCAGCUAAAAUCCGAGAAGCCGUCAAUGAAAUGGAGCAAGUGACUCGCCAAGUCAGUGAAAUGUGCAUGGCCCUAACUGCAGGUAAACAAGAGUGAAUAUUGGGCAAAAAUCAGUGGCUCAGUCCUGCAAGAUGCUGAACAUCCAUCCCCACUGCCUUCCACAGGGAUUGGAGGGAUUCAGCACCCCGCAUCAUCCUGCUCUUAUGUUUAGCAAGAGUGACGUUCCUAUAGAACACUCCCACUCCCGGUACCCAGCCCCCACACUAUUCACAUGCAUAAUUAUUACAUUUUACACCAGUCCUAAAAUUAGUCACCGAAUUUCUUAGUAGCAGCUGUAGUUAAAGAUUUUUUCCACAAUUAAAAUGGUAACAGGGGUGGAUAAUGCAAGCUAGAAGUUCCAACUUGCUUCUUAACCUCAGUCUGUCCCCCAGCAUUCUUGUUUUAUUUUGUUUUUUUGUUUCUUUUUAACCAAUUUUUCCAUUUUUGGUUUCAGCCCAGAAGACAAUUUUGGAAAAUUUGACAACUUUGGCUCAGCCGUUUAAGUUCAAUGUGUAUAAUGAGAUCCACAAACACCCCCAUAUGCUUCUCCUCUAAAACAGCUGAAUCAAUUCUGUUCAAAUUUGGC